AUGGGCGCGGGGAGGGAGGGCGAGCACCGCGAAGACGCGGUACCGUCGCUUCGCGCUUCGCCGUCAGCCGCGGAUCUCGCGCGCGAGCUCUCUGUGUUCCCCCAGGAUCUGAUUCUCCCUCACUUGACAACGUCAGAUUCCCAGAAACAGACAAGCGCUGCCGACCCUACACAGAAGCAUGGGAACAACGUUCAGAGUAGGACAAGCAACGCCAGCCCAUGCAGGAAAUUCUUUCUUCCUCGCUGCCCGCCGCCGCCCUCAGAGGUGCCUGAGGAGCUCCCCGUGCCGCCCAUCUGUGCCUACAUGGGACAAAUUGCGCAUCGGUACAUCCGAGGAAGCUUCUUGGAUGGUGCCUGUGGGGAGGUCCCGGGAAGCUGUGGAGCUGGAGAGAGGAGGCAGGAGGGGAAGGGGUGUGCGAGAGAGGAGGGAGAGGAGCAGCAGCAGCAGCAGCAAUGCAGGAAAGGUCAACAGGGGGAGGAGAAGCAGGAGCAGCAUGGGCAGCAGCAGCAGCAUGAAGAGCAGAGAGAGGAAGAAGAGUCACCGCUGAUACCACAGCAGCAGCAACAAGGCUCACUCUCCUCAGCGCCUCUCUUCGUCCCAUGCGGGCGGGGGCGGUCCAAGCUGGCGGUGAAGCAGCAGGCGUCAGUGCUGACGAGGCUCAGCCACGGGUACAACUGGCUGCUCAGGCUGAACAACGUGGCAUUCGUGCUGCUCAUAAUGGCAGCACCAGUCCUCCUCGCGCUCAUCUUCACGCCGCUCUUCCUCACAGUCGCCUCCGGCUUCGCCUUUCCCGCCGACAGCCCCGAGUUCGAAUCCCUCGACAUCCACACUAUCCUCUCCGGCCCGCUCGCCCCGCCUCUCGACCAAUGGGAGCGCGCCAGCAGGGCGGGACCGGCGGCGGUGGCGCUGUGCUGGGUGUGUGCUGCGCUCGUGCGUGCGGGGCAGCAGCUCUAUGUGGUUCUGCACUUCUUCCUCUUCGCCCUCUCCCUCUGCACCACCUUCGGAGGUUCGCCCCUGCAGGUGCUCUCGCCCUCGGCACUCAUGCUCGCCAACCUCCUCACGCUGCUCGCACAGCUCAACUUCGUCUUCCUCAGCGGUGCAGUCUUUGCACGCAUCGGCCGCCCAGCAGAGACGGUGCGGUGCUCUCGCUUCAUCACGCUUGCCACUCAGACCUUGACUGGCCAUGGCACGGAGAAGAGAAGGAUACUCACGGCGCGGUUUGCCCUGGUGGGGCUGAACUCGCACGAGCUGGUGAACGUGAAGGUCGCCCUCUCGCUGCGCCUCUUCCUCCCCUCCCCCUCAGGGGUUGUGCACUGCUCCUUGCAUGAUCUCGAGCUUGUGAAAUCCGAUCUGCCCUACAUGCGCUUUGGCUUCAAUCUGCGCCACAUAGUGGACGAAUCGAGUCCCCUGCAUGGCCUCUCUCUCAGCAACCUGCUGGCAGCAGAUGCGUCUUUCUCUCUCACCAUCUCCGGCCUUGAACGCACCACCAUGCAACCUGUAUUCGUGGUGAAGGAGUACUAUGCGUACGAUGGCGAGGUGCUGUGGGACUAUGAGUUCCUCGACCUCAUACGCAUCGCAUCCGAUCUCGUUCCCACUCUAGACCACUCACGAUUGGACGCCGUGACACCUGUCAACACUCACAGCUGA